AUGUUGACAACAUUUUGGGAUCUCUGUCCCGAUAUUCUCUUAGAUAUAUUUCGUUACUUCUCAAUCGAUCAACUUUUUCAUUUAUUUUAUCCGGAUGUUCUUCCUAAUAUCAGUGAUAUUCUUCGCGAAAGUCGCAUGAAAUUUCAACUUUGUCUAACUAAUGAUGAUCUUCUAACUGCUACACUUCUUUCUCUCGUCGAUCAAUAUCAAGUUAUUAGUUUAUGUAUGACAACAAUUCAAAUCGGAUUGGAAGAUUUCUUAAACAUUCAAUCAAUUACAUUGGUAGAUGUUUAUAUUGAUACGAUACUUUCAACUCAACUCUCGAUAUUACCUCUACUAAAAUGUAUCACUUUGAUUUAUUCUCAUAAUGAAUCACAAUUAAGUCAAGAAUCUUUAACAUAUAUAUGUCGUUUACCUUUUCUGAAAUAUCUAGAAUUAGAUUUCCGUGGUGGCUAUUUGAAUAUACCACAAAUAUCUCAUGAACACACAUGCUCGAUUGAAGAACUUGUUUUACGUACACCAUGUUCAUGGAAAAAGUUGCAAGGAUUCAUCGUUCAUUUAUUUCAUUUGCGUAUUUUACGUGUUAUGAUAAAUGUUAAUGAGGAUCAAAAUAUUAAUAACCGGCAUUAUCUUCAAAAUAUUCCACCAAUCGUAUCGAAUGUGAAUUUUCCUUCUAUUGAAAUUUUUGAUCUCACCUGGUAUACUAUUGAAAUGAAAGAUAUCCUUGUUUUCAUACGUUCUAUGCCUAAUUUACAAAAACUUCAUUUAUCAGGUAUUACAAAUGAAAAAACUUUGCAGAGUCAUAUUUGGCAAGAACUCUUGAAAGUUGUCUGUCCAAACUUGAAACGACUCAAUGUUAAAAUGUUAAUUUGGAUUCAAGAAGGAGCAGAAGAAAUUAAAGAUAAUUUUGAUAGAGAUCUCUUUUUUAAACAGACUCAUUUUUAUUUAAUAUCCAGUAAACAUGAACGGGAAUUAUUACAACUCAAGUGUGAAUUCAAACGUUAA